AUCCCGUCCGUUGCUGCUGGUUCACCACUUUCUGCCCGCCCGUUCUGUUCCUGCCGCUGCAAAGCAUUGUUUGGCAUUGUUGGUGACCAGCCAUUAUUGGGAUUGGGAUUCGACCUUUUCCUUUCUGAUCUAGAGCCAAGGUAAGGUACCUAAUCUGGUCUCGUCUCGAUAAGGACGUGUACAGACAGAUACGGAUACCUCCCUCACCUCACCUUGGGUAAUGGAAGGUAAGGUACUCAACGUGGUCGUGUGUGCUUGGGCAAGUGCCAAGUAUCAGAGGUACCUCUUUCCAAAGGCUGACUUUGACUCGAACGCGGACCUGUCCCCUUCCUCUUGUUGCUCAUUGCGUUGCUCCCUCGGAUACUUGGGACGCAAGCCCGCCAAAACAAUCCCUGCUCACCAUCACCUCACACAAACGCAAGACGCACCCACGCACCGCCAUGUACCUCGUCCGCACCACGCACCACGCACCGCGCACUACAUACGCACAGCACACCGUUCGUUCCUUCCUCCCACUCCCUUGCCGAUUCCCGCUGGAGAGAAUCCGACGUACACUAGCAACAAGCAAAAGAAGGAACAGAGAGAACCAUGGUCUAUGGAAAAAAUACUUGAAAAAAAAAUACUAAUUCCACCUCACCAAAAACUCACACACCCUGCUGGUGGCCCGUCUCCGUGCUCCUCAACUACUUACGAUACCCGACCUCCGUCCUUCUUCUCCUCCGACCCUCGCUCACUCUCACUCGACUCUCUCUCGCUUUUCCUCUCCUUCCCUCCUUCUUCUCACCCUCUUGCUGCUCUUGAGAAGCUUCCUUUUCUCUCUCUCUCUAACCCCCACGCCAAUCCCUUUUCUCAUCAAAGGAUCUCUCCUCCGUCAGCUCGACAAAAAAAGAAGCUGGACUUUGCCGUUGUGCGCCGCUGCUUGAUCCAUCAGUACCUACCCAUACCAGGUUAGACAGUCAACAGCAUCACCGCCAGGUCAGUUACC